AUGCACAUCAGAGAUAUCAAAGUGUUUGAGAUGAUUGAUGAGAUUACUGCUCAUGUUCCGAGGGGAGGAACGGUUUGUCACAGAAUAGCUGGGGUCUACAGAAAGCAACGUGCCAAGGAAAUGGUCAAAGCUAAAAAGGGGGUGAACCUGCUGCAGACCAAGUCGAAGAACGCCCAGUGGAAGGUGGACUGGGAGGUGCAGUCCGGCGCCAAGCACUCCAUCACCACCAUCGACGUCAACAAGAGCAAAGGAGCCCGGCAGGGGGACUUCUUGGGCAAUGUCGAGGUGAUGCAGCUGGAUUUCGAGAUGGAAAACUUCACGAGCCUCUCGGUGACCAGGAGAAUCAACUGGAACAUUGACUACAAGGGACAGAGCCCGCUGCCCGACUCUGAAAAGGUUGUGACGGAGCUGACAGUGGUGCAGCGUGAUAUCCAGGCCAUCCUCCCCCUGGCUAUGGACACUGAGAUCAUAAACACAGCCAUCCUCACCGGACGCACCGUGGCCAUUCCUGUCAAAAUGGUCUCCAUAGAGAUGAACGGGGCCGUCACCGACGUGUCGGCCUUUGUGCAGUGCAAGUCCUCCAAUGAAGACAUUCUGAAGGUGUUGCACUGGGCUGUGGGUGGAGGAGAACAGGUGUGGCACUGGGCUGUGGGUGGAGGAGAACAGGUGUUGCACUGGGCUGUGGGUGGAGGAGAACAGGUGGUGCACUGGGCUGUGGGUGGAGGAGAACAGGUGGUGCACUGGGCUGUGGGUGGAGGAGAACAGGUGGUGCACUGGGCUGUGGGUGGAGGAGAACAGGUGGUGCACUGGGCUGUGGGUGGAGGAGAACAGGUGGUGCACUGGGCUGUGGGUGGAGGAGAACAGGUAUCCAUGAAUUGUGACUACGUGUUUGUGAAUGGGAAGGAGACCCGAGGCUCCAUGAACGCCCGGGUCAUUUUCAGCUACGAGCACCUGAGCGCGCCCCUGGAGCUCACCGUCUGGGUUCCCAAGCUUCCUUUGCAAGUGGAGCUUUCCGACAACAAUCUGAGCUUCAUCAGAGGCUGGAGGGUCCCCAUCCUGCCCGACCGGAGGAGCACCAGAGACAGCGAUGCAGAAGACGAGGACGACGAGCGCCGCAUGAGUCGAGGGUGCACCCUCCAGUACCAGAGGGCCCUGGUCAAGGUGCUGACCCAGUUCCACACCACUUCAACGGAGGGAACCGACCAGGUCAUCACCAUGCUGGGCCCCGACUGGCUGGUGGACGUCACAGACCUGGUCCAGGACUCCCUGAAGGUGACGGACGCCAGGAUUGCAGAGCUGGUGGACAGGACGAUCCUGGUGGGGCUGGAGCUGGGCUCCACCGUUCUCAAGGUGGAGUCUCCCCUGGCAGUGGAUGCGGUUCUGGGAGAGGCUCCCUUCUCCGUCACAGAUGAUAAGGUUUUCAUCACGGAGCUGCGUGUCCAUGCUAUCUCCGGCUUGACGCUGACCGUGCAGCCCAGCCCCGGCAACAGCCACACCAUGGAGGCCAGUCUGUCCGUCUGGAUGCUCUUCAGUGACAACACAGCUGCACCGCUGACUUACUUUGAUCCCAAGGACUACAACCUCAAUGCCUCCACGUCGGACGAUAAGGUUGUGUCUGUUUCCCAGGAGCCCCAGCAGCGCUGGCCCGUGGUGGUGGCAGAAGGGGAGGGACUUGGCGAGCUGGUUCGUGUGGAGAUGACCAUCUGUGAGGCCUGCCAGAAGACCAAACGCAAAAGCGUGAUCGCGUCGGCACCCGUUAAUGUCAAGGUCCGGUUUGGUCCAGAGGAGGACUCUGAGGAAGAGGCAACCACAGAGGGCGAGCCGGAGCCGGUGCCUGUCACCAGGCGGACGGUUAUCGAUCCCAAUGUCAGCGGAAGAAUUCAUGAGACGUCUAACGAGCAGCCCGCCAGCGUUCCCAUUGAUUACACCAAUUUCCCCACAAUUAGCAACCAAGAGCUCCCGACUGAGAGUGAUGGAGAUGAAUUUGUGCAGUCCCCCCGCAGCAUGACGGACCUUGAGAUCGGCAUGUACGCGCUCCUGGGAGUCUUCUGUCUGGCCAUCUUAGUCUUUCUCAUCAACUGCAUCGUGUUUGUGCUGAAAUACCGGCACAAGCGCAUCCCGCCGGAGGGCCAGGCCAACAUGGACCACUCCCACCACUGGGUGUUCCUGGGCAACGGCCAGCCGCUGCGGGCCCAGUGUGACCUGUCCCCGCAGCAGGUAGAGAGUCCCAGCAACCCCAUAGAGGGGGUGCAGACCUGCUGCCACGGGGACCACCACAGCAGCGGCAGUUCCCAGACCAGCGUGCACAGCCAGGUGCACGGCCGCGGCGACGGCAGCUCGGGCGGCUCCACGAAGGAGAACGGAGAGGAGGCCAGCUCCCCCACCUCCAAACGCAAGAGAGUCAAGUUCACCACGUUCACAACCCUCCCCACCGAGGAGCUGCCCUACAACUCCAUCCCCAUCGCAGAUGAGGAGGACAUUCAGUGGGUUUGCCAGGACAUGGGUUUCCAGGACCCAGAGGAACUACAUAAUUACAUGCGCAGAAUAAAGGAAAUAGCUUGA